AUGUCCAGUCAACGUUCUCAACUGCUUAUCUCAAGUCAAUCAUUAACUACAAUGGAUACAAAUACAAAUGUGACUAACUCACCACUGGCUUCAGUUAAUCCUACAGCAGUACCUUGUGGUCAAUGUCUUAUAACAAGUACACAAAAUAUUUUAAGUGGACAACAAAAUCAAUCAAGUGGACAUAGACCACAAUUAAGUCAUAAUAUAGCAGGUAUGCAAAAAUCAAUGCAUACAGUUGUACACGCAGCUGGUGUACCGGCUGUUAUGGAAACUUAUGUACAUGGUAAUCGUGGACUGAUCGCUCACUAUCCAUUAGGAACAAAUACAUUACAUGAGAUACAAACACUUCCACGAGUUGUCGAACAAGUUAAUGCUACUACUGGUUCUGGUACUGUUCAACAAUCACAAUUUGGAGCUAAUUAUCGUCCUAUAUUGAUUGCAAAUACAUCGAUAAAAGGUCAUAAUGCACCUGGAAGUAAUAGUUUACCAAAUAAUCAAACAUAUCAAAUGAUUGCUUAUCCUCGUCAAGCUUUAAAUAUAGUACAAGCACAUGGGAAAAAUUCACAUGCCGUACCAAUUGGUACCAUUAAUACUACAACUGGUGCUACAAACAGUGGCAAUGCUCAUAAUAAUUUGAUGUUAGCUAGUGUAAUUACACCGGAAUGCUUAACAACUGAUUCUAGCAAUAAUGCAGCUCGUAUUGCACAACUUCUAGCUCCUUCUGGAACACAUCCUACUGUGGCUAACGCAGCACAUAUUGGUGGUAAUGCUCAAUUUCUUGUCUAUUAUCCUCAACAAUCAAAUACUGGCAUUAAAGUUCAUGCAAUUGGAUCACCACUGACACUUCCAACGACGGUUACUCCAACAACAACCAUUGUUCAUUCAACACAAGUACCUUCAACAAUUAAUGUUUCCAUUGGUUCAGUUACAAGCGGUAUUUCCACUAGUGGAAUUCACUAUACAUCUGUUUCUGGUAAUCAUGUAACAUUAAAUUCAUCAAAGCUAAAUUCAUCAACAAUUGUACAAAAUGAAGAUUCGACUAAUAUCACUGCUACUACUACUAAUAUUAGCAGCAGUACUAACCAACCACAACAACCGUAUACAAUUUAUUAUGCUUUACCAACAAAUGAUUUACUACGUCAACUUAAAUUAAAUCAUCAAGCUAUUCAAAUCGAUCCGAAUAUAUCAUCAAGACCACAACUUAUUCAAACACCAGCUGGUUUAAUGUUUGUUCAAUAUCCUUCACAAUAUCAACAAUGUUCAACAGGUAGCUCAUCACCAAGUAAACUCAAUACUGGAUCACAACAACAACAGCAACAUCAACAAAUACAAAAUGAUAAUACAUUACCACGUAAUAUAAUGACAUCAACUAAACAUAAUAUACAACAAAUAGGUGUAGUUAAUACUGGAGUACCUGUUAAUGCUUCAAUUGCUGGUACUCAUGUGGAUUCAAAUACAUUAACACGUCAUACACGUGUUGAACAUGUACAAGGUUCCGGAUUAAUUUGCACUUGUCCACCUGAAGUUCAUCAAGCUAUAUUUGAACAACAAAAGAAACGUCAACAAAAUCAACCAUCAACAAUAAUACUGACUGGUUUAUCACCGUUGAAUAAAAUCAGUACAAUUGCAACAACCACUGGCACUAUUACUUCAACAAUGGCUAAUAACAAUAAUAGCAAUGUUAAUAGUACAAUAUUUGAAGUUUCAGAAAUGGUACCAGGUAUUGCAACACGUAACUCACCGAAUGUAACACUUGCCAAAGAAAAUGGUUUAUUAACAAGAAGUUGUACGGACAAAUUCUCUGAAGAUGAAUUAAACAAUCAAAAAAAGAAUCUUCAACAUUGUCAUCUGACUAAUUGUACAUCUGGUACACCAAAUACAACAACAGAUACAUUGAGAAAAACUAUACAAUCACAAACUGUUGAUCAUAAUAGCACAAUUAAUCAUCAUUUGUCAGAUGAAUUAACUGAGAAAGAAGCUCAUGUGAAUUAUCUAGUUACUUUAUUUCAAGCAUUAAAAAGUUCUGGUGUACAAGCGGAUGCUUUUAGAGAAGCAUUUGAACGUAUUGAUUUACCAGUAACUAAUUCAAAAUUAUCUCCGAAUUCAAUAAAUCUAAGUGAUAAAAAACUAAGUUUAUUAAAGACAAAACUUUAUCAAAUUGAAGAAAUGCGCAAAUCAAUAAAGUUGUUUUAUCAAAUAUUCAAUGAAUUCAAUCGUAAAUUUACACUGGAUUUGAAUAAUUGUAAUAAAAUUGUUACAAAGUUAUCCAAUCAACAAACAUCAGUCUAUCAUACUACUCUUGAUCCACAAUUAGAAAUUAUUCAAAAUGAACGAAGAAAUUUAGAUAGAUCAUUACAAGAAAUGUAUAAAAUUAAUACUAUUUUAAGUGAACAAUUACAUGAUCUUGAAUGUGUCAUUGAACAAACUGGUAAUGAUGUAUUACAACAUCGUUGUCGUAUUAAUUUACCAUAUGUACAAACAUUAGAGAAUAGAUUGGAUUCAAUUAAUUCAACUGUUAGUUUGGCAUGUGGUCAUUACCCAGGAAUUCAACAAAUAUUGAAUAGUCGUGAAGAAAUGGAAGUAAAAGCUAUUGAAAUUCAAAAAAGUGUCCUUGAUGAUCAAUUAUAUCAAUUGAAGGAUGUCAACGAAAAAUGUAAACGUAUUAAAGGCACAAUAUUAACUUUAAAACGGCUUGCAAUUGUAAAUAUACAAAAUCGACAACGCUCGAAUUCCCCCAGACGUUUUACUCAUCUUGGUGGUUUUGUCAAUCGAGCGGCUGCUGAUCGAGGAAGUAUUGAGCGAAGUCGGUUAUAUGCUGCUGUACAAAAUAUUCAACCAGAUUCAGAGAAACGACUACAAGCAAUCAGAAAGCAAGAAAUACUGGCUAUUCAAAAAAGACGAGUUUUCUCAAAUGAUAAUCUUCCCACGAAUAUGAUGGUAUUUACAGCGCUUGAAGGACAAAAAUCUUCGCAAAAUAAAAAUAUUAUACCACCAGUUUUAGAAUCAGAUAAAAGUUCAAUACCACAAAAAGAAUUUAAAACAUCAUCAAUGAUAACUACAUCCACUGUUACAAUUGAUAAUAAAGAUGAAAAACGUGCACCAUUAGCUGCUUACUCAGAUGAUUCAAUUAGUUCUACAAAUACUACAAGUACAAUAGAUUCAUCAAAUAAUGAAUUGGUUAAAAUACAUCAAUCAUCUAAAGGUUUUAAUCCGGAUGCAAUUACUUCAAUGAUGGAUGAAAGUAGUGAUAGUACAUUAGAAAAUGUUCAAUCAACAAUAAUGCCAACAAGUAUUCUUAAAAGUUCUACUUCUAAUCCAUUGCCUAAUUCAAAUUCUCCAAAACAGCGUAAUCGUUUAAGUAGUCGUGGAUCACGUGGUGUUAUGUUUAAUACAACAGUUACUGUAGAUGAUGGUUCUGAAGUGGUCCGUUUAAAUUGUACAUUAGAUGAUUCUGAAUUGAGUAAAAAUAAAGUACCACCAACUGAUCGAUCGAAUUCAUCACCAUUAAGUAGACUUGGUGGAAUGUCAGAAAGAUUUUCUCGUUCAAAAUCACCACAUGUUAGUAAAAUUGCUACACCUAAGUCGGGACUAUCAACAGCCACUGUAAAAGGUUCUACAAUAUCAAGUAAUAAUUCAUCGGAACCAAUGUUUACUUCACAAGUUAAAGGAGAAACAAAGUCAGACACAAGUUUGAGCAGUUUGGAUUUCCCACAAACAAGUGAAUUUGGUUAUAAUGCACCUACACCACCACCCAGACGAAGCAGUCAGGUUACGACUACAACAGCAAAUACAGAUGAAGACAGUACAUUGAAAUCUACAACUUAUUCCAGUAGACAAGAAAGCGAUAAGAUUGAAACAGUCUCUUCAAUUCCCAAUAAACGACUACUUCCAGUUCCUACAAAUGUUGAAGUUAAUGAAAAUGUAAUAAGUCCAUGUGAAUGA